AUGCAGAAAUUACCCGACAUCCUCAGGCAGGAGGCCGCCGGCACGGGGCUGCUGUCGGUCAGCGCGUUCGCGUGGUCGUUGGGCCAUCUGGACGACCUGCAUUGCAGCUACGAUCCGCUGAACGUCGAAAACCCGAAGCAGGUCUGCAUGAAGGCCCUCCGACAGGCGCUGGUGCACCACGUUGAGAGAGCCUCGAUGAACAAACGGGCGGCGUUGACUGUAAGUCAUGGCGUGGGAACUAGCAUCGCUCUGGGUGAGGGGGCCGAGGAGGCGACGGCGGGGUCGCACUCGGGCAGGCACGGACCCACAGAUGGCGGCGAGGAGGAGCACAAGGAGGACGGCGGGGAGCAGGAUGGUGUGUCGAAGGAGGAGGAGGAGGUAGAGCAUGAGGACGACGACGUGAUGGUCACCGGCGAAGAGGAGGCUGUACAGUUCGCCGGUGAGAAGGUUGCGGAUAAGAGCGGAGACAGCGGACCCAAGUCAGGCAAGAAGGCGCGGGCGAGCGGUGGCUCUACUCCUACCAUGACUACGAUGGCGUCGAAGGCGGCCUUGGAGCGGCUGAAGGCGGCGGAGAGGGAGAACAAGAAGCUGAGGGAGGAGAAGCUGGUGGCGGAGAAGAUGCAGGAUGACCAGCGUGCCCGGAUUGACCGGCUGUUUGAUGUGGUGAACAUGGCCGUCCAGAAGCUCUCGUCGGUCACCGAGAACCAGUGGGAUGAAAUUGAAUCUCGGCUGCACAAAUUCAGGCUGGGGGAAUGGGAGAACCUGUACAACGAGGCAGUCAACAUCCCACCGAACCAGGAAGCGCCCUCGAGAAACCAGGAGGUGGAGUUCGUCCCAUCGCCAUAUGAGAAACUAUACUACGCAUAG